UUAUAACGCAUCCCUCGCUGCGUUGAUUGACUUAUGCUUGUGACCAAAAUUAAGAUCAUAUUGCAGCUAUGAAGGCAAGUAUUUUCAGCAUCACUGUAAUCCUUCUUCUGAUUAAUGUUUCAUGCUCACAAGAAGUAUCUACUGAUGAUUUCCUUGAGUGCCUCUCCCAUCAAUUCGACAACUACUCUUCCAUUUCCAACCAUGUCUACACCCAAAUCAACUCUUCCUUUUCGUCAAUCCUAUUGUUUUCCAUUCAGAAUCUGAGAUUCGCCUCGGAUUCUACUCCAAAACCGCAAGUGAUCAUCACCCCUGAGCACGAAUCCCAGAUCCCUCCAAUCAUAUAUUGCGCCAAAAAUAAGGGAUUGCAAAUCAGAACUCGAAGCGGUGGCCAUGACUUAGAGGGGCUAUCUUAUGUAUCACAAGUCCCGUUUGUGAUAAUUGAUUUGAUCAAAUUAAGUGAAAUAAGUAUUGAUGUUGGUGAGAAGACGGCAUGGGUUCAAUCCGGCGCAACCCUUGGUUCUUUAUAUUACAGGAUUGCGGAGAAAAGCUCGAUUCUUGGGUUUCCUGGUGGUGUCUGUCCGACAAUUGGUGUCGGCGGGCACAUCAGUGGAGGAGGCUAUGGAACGUUGAUGAGAAAAUAUGGCUUGGCUGCAGAUCAUGUUAUCGAUGCAAGAAUAAUCGAUGUCAACGGCAGGAUUCUUGAUAGAAAAUCAAUGGGUGAGGAUCUAUUCUGGGCAAUCAGAGGCGGUGGAGGUGCUAGCUUCGGUGUGAUAGUUGCUUGGAAGGUAAAAUUGGUGGACGUUCCAGAAACAGUCACUGUUUUCAGAGUCGAUAGGACACUAGAGCAAAAUGCGACUCAACUCUUUCACCGCUGGCAAUACAUAUCUUCCGAGCUCGACAAAGAUCUACGGAUUGGGAUCGCGGUAGCCAAGGUGAACACCACAAAGCAAAGAAAGAAUCAGACGAUCAACAUUUCUUUCAUCUCUCUCUUCCUCGGCCGAAUCGACAGACUACUUCCAAUGAUGGAAGAAAACUUCCCGGAGCUCGGGCUAGUAAGAGAAGACUGCAUCGAAACGAGCUGGAUCGGAUCAGUCCUAUUCCAUUAUGGUUUCCUCGUUGAAUCUCCAAAGGAGGCGUUGCUAAACAGAACUCAAAGCAGUGUCACAAACAUCAAAGGAAAAUCGAAUUACGUGCAGAAGCCCAUUCUCGAACAUGGGUUGGAAGGCAUGUGGAGGCUGUUUUACGAGGCGGAGGCUGCAGACGCCUCUCUCAUCAUUUCCCCGUACGGUGGAAGAAUGGCGGAGAUUUCUGAAUCCGCCAUUCCUUUUCCGCACAGGGCGGGGAAUUUGUACAAAAUUCACCAUGUAGUAUUUUGGGGCGAAGAUGAUGCUCAGAAGUCAGACAAGUACAUAAGUUGGACUAGGAGGUUUGACAAAUACUUGACUCCUUUCGUCACGAGUCGUCCUAGAGGAGCGUAUCUCAACUACAGGGAUCUUGACCUUGGAGUCAACAACAUUGUGGGAAACACGAGCUAUGCUCAGGCGAGCGUUUGGGGGAAGAGAUAUUUCAAAGGCAAUUUUGACCGGCUGGUUCGGGUGAAAACUGUUGUUGAUCCCGGCAAUUUCUUCAGGAAUGAACAGAGCAUUCCGCCAUUGCAUUCAAUUGCGUGAUUCACUCUAUACAUAUCUGGAUGUUAGUUUGAUUUGCUUCAUCUAAUUUUAUUUUGUCUUAAGAGUAUAUAUGUUGUUAUAGUAACAUACUCUAAAGCAAAAUACUGUAUAAUACUUUACAUUUUCUAUGUAUCAUUACCUUUGGACAUGUAUAUUAAGAAUUGUUAUUGUAAAUCUAUGAAGUUCACUGUCGGAAAUACACUGGUUUUAGUAGAAUGA